AUGAUCCCGGUUCAUUUAGCGCGUCGACUGGGCCCCCCAGUAAUAAAGAGAUGCUGCGCCCUUGAUCUGCAGCUUCUGAGUCUCGCUCCUCGCACCCUUCAUCGUCCCCCCUUCCUCUCCUUGCAACAUCGAAGAUACCAGUAUACUACGAAGAUGACUAUGUCUGUGGGUGAUAGCAAUGGCAAUGGCAAUGGCAGUACAGCUGUGCCGGUGAUCCCUGCAAAGCAGAAGGCUGCCAUCUAUGACCAACCCGGCACUGUCUCCACCAAAGUCGUAGAGAUAGAUGUGCCCGAGCCUGGUGUGGGUGAGGUCUUGAUCAAUCUCACCCAUUCAGGCGUCUGCCAUUCCGAUCUUGGAGUAAUGACCAACACCUGGAGGUCUCUACCCUACCCCACACAGCCAGGUCAAGUCGGUGGCCACGAAGGUGUCGGUAAGAUCGUCAAGCUAGGCCCUGGAGCCGAGUCUUCGGGCCUGAAGGUCGGCGACAGGGUAGGCAUCAAAUGGGUGUCCAGCGUCUGCAAGAGCUGCGAACCAUGCCAUGCAGGCGCCGACGGCAUCUGCUUCAACCAAAAGGUAUCCGGAUACUACACCCCCGGCACAUUCCAGCAAUACGCCCUAGGCCCCGCCAACUACGUGACACCGAUCCCGGACGGCCUCGCAUCCGACGAAGCCGCGCCGAUGCUCUGCGCCGGCGUGACCGUCUACGCAGCCCUGAAGCGCAGCAACGCCCGACCAGGCCAAUGGGUCGUGAUCUCCGGCGCCGGCGGCGGCCUCGGCCACAUAGCCGUGCAACUAGCCAGCAAAGGCAUGGGACUGCGGGUGAUCGGAAUCGACCACGGCAGCAAAGAAGAACUCGUGAAGGCCUCCGGAGCUGAACACUUCGUCGACAUCACCAAGUUCCCCUCGGACGACAAGGGCCAAGCCAUCGCCGCGCACGUCAAAUCCCUCGCCGGGGGUCUAGGCGCUCACGCCGUCAUCGUCUGCACCGCAGCCAACGCAGCCUAUGCCCAGGCCGUACCAUUCCUGCGCUUCAACGGUACCCUCGUGUGCGUGGGAAUCCCCGAGAAUGCCCCGCAACCGAUUGCGACCGCGUUUCCUGGCAAGAUGAUCGCGCAGCAUUAUACGAUUACCGGAUCGGCGGUGGGGACGCAGCGAGAUGCGAUCGAGACGCUGGAUUUCGCGGCGCGAGGGAUCAUCAAAGCCCAUUUUCGAACGGAGAAGAUGGAUGCUUUGACAGGCGUGUUCGAGGAGAUGAGUCAGGGGAAGUUGCAGGGUAGGGUUGUUCUCGAUUUAUCUUGA